AUGGCGCCGAUGCGCGACGAUCGACGCGACGCGCGCAUCGCCAAACGCGCUCGACGCUCGGACGCCGAGCUCGAUCACGAUCGACGCGUCCGCGAACGCGCGCGCGCGGCACCGGAUCCGUACGAGUCGGCGCUCAACGCCGCCGCGAGAGGUGCACUCAAUAGUUCGAACGAAUCAGCGCUCGACGCCGUUCGAGCGAGCGUCGAGGGCGACGGCGCGAUCCCCGGACCGUGGACGAUCGCCGGGGCGGCCGCGCGUGGACACCUCGAGAUGAUCGAGUACCUGCGAACGCUCGAACCGCCGUGUGAGUGGGACGAAAAGGCGUGCACGGAGGCGGCGGAGAACGCGCGCGCGGAGACGUUGAAGUACCUGGUGACGAACGGGUGUCCGUCGGGGGCGAUGACGUGCGCGUUCACGGCGAGGAAGGGCGAUCUAGACCUUUUGGCGUGGUUGCGAGAGCGUGGGGUGCCUUGGGACGAGCAGACGACGUCGGGAGCGGCGUACAACGGGCACUUGCACGUUUUGAUCUGGGCGCGCGAGCACGGCUGCAAUUGGAACUGGCGAACGACGUACGAGGCGGCGUAUCACGGAUACCUCGGGUGCUUGAAAUAUGCUCUCGAUCGAGACUGUCCUCUGCCGACCGGGGAUGAUUUGAAUAAGCUUAUCGAGACGGUGAGGAGGCGCGCGGCUGAAGACGACGACGAAGACGAGCCAAACGAGUUCGCGCAAGUUUUGAAGCUCAUCGAUCCGACCGAUCCGUUGAUGAAUGAUUUGCAAAACAUCAUGUCGUUCAUCGAUUCGUACGCGGUUGAGCUCGCACCCGAGGGGGAGUAUCUCGACGUGUGUUUGCGAGCCCAAAGAAUCUUCACAAAACUGAGCGAGAUGAAAUCGGGCAAGUUCGAACGCCGAGACCGGCGCGACUUCAAUGUAAGGCGUGACUUCUUGAAUGAAGUCUUGCAAGUAAGGCGUGACGUCGUGAAUGAAUUCAGACUUUAG